UCACAGACUCCGAUGAUUAUGAGAAUUACUGGGAUACAGAUUAUGACUCUUCAGAUAUGGAAGAGUCUGAACAUACGCUGAGCACAACAGUGAAGACGAACAUCCAAAUGGAAAAGAAUGGGUUGGGUUUAAUCCUCAUCCAGAAUGGGCCUUACAUCCAGAUCGCAGGUCUGGUGGAGAAAAGUGCAGCAGUGAAAGAUGGGAAACUUCAAACAGGUGACAUCCUGCUUAAAAUCGGACAUGCUAAUGUCUUAGGUUGGACGCUGCGGGAACUAAGGCAACUUUUGCACAGAACGCCUAUAGGGACAGUUCUGCAAAUCCAGGUUUACAGAGAUUUUAGAAAAUUACCAGUCCGGUGGGAAGCCGCCUUUAACAACAUUCCUGAAAUAAAAGGGCCUGAGAUAGCAGACUUGUCAAGCUGUGCAAGUGAAGAUGCCUGGACGAGCAGCGAUGACUCCAUUGAUGUUGGCGGCAGGAACAAUCCAGAUGAGGAUGCCACGGGCGGGCGCCGUGCUGUCAGUUUUGAUGACGGUGGGGUUGGCACUUCUGCUGGAGUCACUGGUGCUCCUCUUAACAACAGAACUGCACCCGCAGACAAGCUUUGUAAUGUUAAAGCUGUUCAGUCGCUUUCUAACCAACCGAAGUGGAUCUCUAAAGACUGGCACAUCUUCGAAAGGAAAACCUACACAUUUACUGUGGGUUCAGACAUUGGAUGUGACAUUAUGAUUCAUAAAGAUGUUGAAGCCAAAAGCGAUCCUGAUGCUGCCGUGUCGUCUUUAACAGCCUCUUCCCCAUAUUGGACUAUGCCAAAACAGUGUGUGGAGUCAUCAGAGUCAUCUACUUCUUCAUCUGUGUCAGAUGCAUUCUGGCUGGAAAACUUUGCUUAUGAAUUUGAAUAGGUAGGCAACUGGAUGCAAUUUCCACAUGUCCAGAAAGAGUGUAUCUCGAACUCGAUCCCGUUAGCUGAAUUUUCACUCACACCUCAUCCUUCAAUUGAAAAUGCUUUCAUCUAUUUGGCAACCAUUUUUUUUUAAACCAAGAGAUACUUUCUCUGGGCGGUGGGCAGUGGGGGUGACUAUCUCAGAGGUGGGGAAGUGAAAAGGACUACAACCAGUUUCUGUAAUGGACAUCAUGCUUCUAGACGUUUAGUAGUCAAGCUACAAGGUGUAACUGCAAGAGCAGACAGUCGUCUUCAGCUCUGAGAGGCCUCUAAAGUGGCUAAACAAAGGAAAAGAACAAGGAAGAAAUCGAGCAGCUGAGGACAACAAGCACCCAGACCCUAAGGAGUAAUGACCGGUCAAGUGCUAGCAAAAGCGUGGCUGAACAGAAAUGUUUUAUUUGAACUGGGCGCCAGUGCAGGAAACCCCUGUUCCUGGUAGCCUCACGUCUGAAACAAGGGCACCGAGGGCCAAGCCGCAACAUUAUGGUUAUGACUGCCAGCUAACUCAUCGACAGGACACCCCUUUUACUAGUCUCUUGGAAUGGUUUCUAAACGCAGAGAUAUAAUUCUAUUAAAUCCAGUUGCCCAUGCUGUCAUAGAAUAAUCCACAGAAUGUGACUUACAUUCACGACG